AUGGAAAUCCAAGAAAAAUUAUUUUUUAAAGUUUUUAGAAAUAAAUAUUUAAAAAAACAAAUCUUCCAUCAUGUUAGAUUAUAUAAUAAUAAUUAUCAUACUCAAGAGUUUACCAUAGAAUCAUUAGCUAAAUACCCAAUGAAAGAGUAUUUAAGAAGUAUUUUAAUAAAAGAUUAUCAAGAACAAGAUCAACAAUUAUUGAAUACUCUAUUAAACUCUUUACCAAAUAUUGAAAUUUUAGAGAGUGAAAAAGAUUACAACAAGACUCUACCCUCAGUAUCAGUAUCUUCUAUCCGAUCGAUUAAAUUUGGCGAGAAAUUCGACCAACCAAUAGUAUGCUACACCCUUCCAAUGCUAUCAGUUAAAGAAUCCUUAACGUCACUUGUACUUGGUGAAUCGUUUAAUCAGCCAAUUGAUUUCCAAUGUUUAGUGAAUUUAAAGACUUUAGUAUUUGGUAAUUUCUUUAAUCAACCAUUAAAGCCAUCUCAACUUCCAAAAUCUUUAACUUCUUUAGAAUUUGGACAUGCCUAUAAUCAAAAGAUACAAUAUGGUGUACUACCAACAAGUUUAGAAACUUUAAAACUUGGUCCAUCAUUUAAUAAAAUGAUUUUUUCAAAACAAUCAAAAAGAAAAAGAUCAUCAUCUUUAUUUUUUAAAUUAUUACCAUCAUUUAAAAGUAGUGGUAGAGCUAUAGAACAACAAAAAGAAGAUUAUGAUAAUGAAGAAAAUGAUGAUAAAUCAUUAAAAAAUUUAAAAGUUUUAGAAUUGGGUGAAUAUUUUAAUGGUAAAUUAAAAUCAUUAGGAAAAUUACCAUCUUCUUUAGAAUCUAUUCGUUUUGGUGGUAUAUUUAAUCAAAAGUUAUCAAAUAUGUCAAAAUUAACAUCACUAAAAUCUUUAAGAUUUGGUAGAUUAUUUAAUCAAAAUAUUGAUUCACUUCCACCAUUUUUAACAUCAAUAACUUUUUCAUUCCAUUUCAAUAGUGAAAUUAAAGAAUCAUCAAUACCACCAACUUUGAAAAAGAUAAUAUUUGGAUAUAUGUAUAAUAGACCCAUUGGAUUUUUAAAAUCAACAAAUGUAGAAUCAAUUACUUUUGGUCAUAAUUUUGACCAACCUUUUAUUGAUUCAACAACAACAACAGCAACAGGUGGUAAUGAAGAAUCAUUAUUACCUCAAUCUCUCACUUAUUUAGAUCUUAGAGAAAGUACUAGAUUCGAUCAACCAUUUGAUAAACCAAAUAUAUUACCACCAAAUUUAAAAACCCUUCACCUAUUUAAAAGAUAUAAAAGAAGUAUGAUUGCCAAAUAUUUACCAUCGACUUUGGAAAACUUUGUAAUUAGUAUAACUGAAUCAAAUCCUCAAUAUCUUGAUCAAAAUUUACCAAUCUCUAAAAUCAUUUUCAAAACAAAUCUAUCACCAUCAGUGAUUGUGAAAUCUGACCAAAAGAAACUUCAAGGAUUACCAUAUUCAAUAAAAUCAUCAACACCAAUUGUAAAUAUUGAAUUUGAUUAUUUUUAUAUCACAACAUUUAAUCUAUUCAAAAUACCAGAAACAGUGGAGCAAAUUUCUUUUAAUUUCUUAUUCGAUAUUUCAACUCUAAAACACACAAUUUUCCCAAGAAAAUUAAAAUCAUUACAUAUAACCUACACAGGAGAACGUGAAUUAAUUCUAGAUAGAUAUUCACUUCCACAAACUAUUACCACAUUGUAUAUAAAUAACACAAAAUCAACUUCAAUUAAAAUACUAUCACUUCCAAAUUCUCUAAAUGAGAUUUAUUGUAAAUAUUCAAAUGUUAAAUUUAUAAAUUAUUGUUUAAAUCAUAAUCUUUAUAAUAUUUUAAAAAUUAUUGAUUAA